ACCACCAUGAAAACACUCUCAAUCCUCAUUUUCGUCGGCCUACUUUUCGCCGGAAUCCUCCACAUCACCGCCCAGAACUGCGGCUGCAGUCCGGACUUGUGCUGUAGCCAGUUCGGUUAUUGUGGCAGCGAUGAGACAUACUGUGGCACCGGCUGCCAGGAAGGGCCGUGUUUCGGAUCUUCUCCGACCAAUGACGUGUCGAUUGCUAGCAUCGUGACAGAUGCAUUCUUCAAUGGGAUAGUGGACCAAUCGGACGGCGGUUGUGUCGGAAGAGGGUUCUAUACACGUGCCGCCUUCCUUGAAGCCGUGGAAAACCAUCCCCAAUUCGGUAGAGUCGGUUCUGAAGAAGAUUCGAGGCGGGAGAUCGCAGCGUUCUUCGCUCAUGUCACCCAUGAAACCGGACAUUUUUGUUUCAUCGAAGAAAUAAAUGGAGCUUCGCAAGAUUACUGUGACGAAACUGUUACUCAAUACCCAUGUAACCCUAGCAAGCUUUACUACGGUAGAGGUCCGAUCCAACUGACGUGGAAUUUCAACUACGGUCCAGCCGGACAGAGCAUUGGGUUCGAUGGGCUGGGCAAUCCUGAAAUCGUGGCCACUAAUGCCGUAAUCUCUUUCCGGACUGCGUUAUGGUUUUGGACAACCAAUGUUCAGUCAGUAUUAAGCCAAGGGUUUGGAGCCACUAUCCGAGCCAUCAAUGGACGACUCGAAUGUGAUGGUGCUAAUCCAGACACCGUAAGUGCUCGUGUUCGCUACUUCACCGAGUAUUGCAACCAACUUGGCGUUACACCCGGCGAUAAUCUUCGUUGUUAGACCAUCUGAAAAUGUGUUUUUUCUGCCUUCAAUACGAUCUCGAAUCACUUGAAAUAUGUAUACUUAAAUAAUACAAAAGAAAAAUAUUACUCUUCUAUUGUUGGGUGCAAUACGAGGUUCGAUCAAGAUUGAAAUA